CAAGUCUUCGAAUCCUCUACAAAUGUAGCCAACGCUUUCUCCUCCUAUUCGUUUCGUCACCCUCCAUGAAGAUUGAUUCUUUUCGAUUUUGCAUUUUGUCUCUUCAGCCGAGCCGCUGGUCGGCAUUCUUCAACAGGUCCGCGCUGAGCUGAUCUCUCACAAAGGCGCAGGUACUCUCACACAACGGAGGUGCAGUCAGUCGUUGGCAAAUCAGUGGAAGGGUGAUCACAGAGCUGUGCAUUCUUCAGGGCGACAUGCUAGCUCAACGGUUACCAGCCACGCAACCAGACCUUUGGGGACGAUCUGCUGAAGGAAAGAUGACGCAAACAGGUGGUGCAAAGGCAAGCAGCUGGGAAGACACAGGCACUCGCUGCAACUUGCCGACCAAGGCGCGCCCCGCUCUGCUGGUGGCAUCCCUUUUUUGCGCCCUCUUCCUCUUCUACCUUCACUCCCUGGAAGGAAAGCUGCUACCUACUUCGAGGCCUAAGGAUAGGCUUGUCUGUACCCCUACCGGCUGCUGGAGUCGCAUACCCUCUUCACUGCCCCUCAACGACUCCGAGGUGAAAGAUGAGGGAUUUUGUCGGACAGUACUUGGCCAGACUCAGGCUUUCCACCACCUUCCCGGUUCCGCACCUCUACCUGGUGCUCUUCCAUUGCUCGGUGUGCACGCGCAGCGGGUCGGUAAGGCAAAAGCUUCGAGAAUUUCACCGGCACCGCUGAUCACCCGCGCACUAGGCGAGGCCUCAAGUAGUGGAAUCGAGAAGGCGGUUGAAGCUUUGAAUGGCGAGACCUCCACACGUGCCAUUCCCAAGACUGCGGAGAGUCUGAACGGUCAAGCAGCUGAAGGCGAGAAGGCUGCAAAGCCUCCCAUCAGCUACACACGCUCAGGCCACAAGAGUGUAGCUAAGGUGUGGCUGCACGAAGGGCCGUACGGAUGGAAGCGCAAGACACCGACCGGGUCCAAGGCCACCAUUCGUCGCGAUCAAGUCUACAAGGCAAAGUACGCCGACAUUCCACGUCCUACCCGUUUCGGUCCUCGUUUGCCAGACGGCCAAGUUUUAGGAAAGAUGCGUGAUACUCCAGAGGGCUCUAGAUCCACACGUUUUCGUGAUAAACGAAGAGCCACCUUGAUCUCGUUGAAUCUCGAUCCGAACCACCGAAGUCCGAGUAAGGCGAUCAUGGACAAGUUGAAAAGCAUGAACAAGUCUCCAAAGCGCGGCGACCUCUCCCACCCAGUCAGACCGGUAUCUCCGGUUCCGCCUUUCGGCAGUCCAGGCCGACCACGAAAGACGCCGGAAGGGUCUUACAGGACCAGACUGCGUGACAAACAGAGGGAUGCGGCAGCAGCCGGUCUCGAAUGGACGCCAGAACGCAAGGGCGCCAAGCGAAAGACCCCGGGCGGUUCAAGAGUAACGCGAUGGAGAGAAAGGCAUGAAGCGCUGUUUGGUGCUCCGCCGGCACGCAAGAAGCAACAGAUGCGAAAGCCACCCCAAGAUGGGCCAUCCGAAGCAGGGCCAGCCGAGAUGAUGGAUGAUGGGUCAAGCACGCGCGCUGACACAAUGGUCGCUGUUCCGCAGCGACCGCGCAGUGCUCGUCUGGCCGCACAGCGAGCUCGGGCAACGCAUCUAUCUGGGCAGGCCGACCAGCCCUCCAACCUGCAAUCGAUCGCAUCUACCGGACAGGUAGAACAGGGCACCAGACGCGUGCAUCACGCUACCUCAAGCUCUAGUGAUGCCUAUGGCUCGCCAUCCGCAACUAAGUCUCGCGCACUUGGCGAUGUCUACAAAGAGGCCCAUCCGACCGAGCUUAGAUCGUCGCCUAGUGACAGAAUUCGGGAAAGCAGCUCAGAUGAAGCCAAGACAUCUCUGUCGCCCGAAAGGAGUGAAAAGCCAGCGACACCGCCACGCCGAGUCCUUCCUGAUCUCAAUCUCCCUCCGCCUCCAGAGGAGCUCUUGAGGCGAGACGCCUCGAUGACGGACGACCCGGGCUGGUCCAAAGUCCACACGACGAGAGGAAAGCCCAGCGCUAGAUUUUUACUCCGUCGGCUUCUUCCUGAAGUCGGCACUGCCCGAAAAGCUGAGCAGGAGGUCCAAGAGGUCGUCGAUCUGACCAAAGCGCGGCCAACAACUGGCGCAAUCCGCCUAACCGCCUCCGACUUGGCAAGGAAGAUACCCGGCGACCUUCACUCGUCCAUACAUGGCUUCAGGAAGGGUGAAAUGCCAACGGAACUUCAGGCGUUGCUGGACAAGAACACGCGUGAAUGGAACGAGCUCGUUCGAAGUAGACGCGCAGCUCAAGCAGCUCAACAGCUUGGGCGGACUGCCGCCAAAUCGCCUUUGAUCAGUCCAGAUUCCAGGCACUGGUCUCCAGCAUCGGAAGAGCACUCGCGCAACUCAGCGCCAAGCGCUUCCCCGGAUAGCUCUGCAGAAGGCCUUCGAGCUUAUAGCCUAUCCACGAGCUCUCAAUCGACCACGCCGACGACUUCGAGCUUUUCUGAUCUAGGACCUCGACAGAGAUACAAGAAGCAACGUAGCCUGAGAGAGAUAGACGCGGGCGAGGUUUCCAGCCCGCGCUUCCUGGCUCGUUCUGCCGAUCUUGCUGCCAAGCUUGAGCAGACAGACCAAGGCAUUCGACACACUGCCGCCUUGACGAGACCUCGUGAAAGGCCAAAGAAGCGUUUUGUAUCGCAGACAGAGGAUCAAACGGCGCCACACAAGGUCGGGCCAAGGGUAAACCAGGACGUCUCACGGAGAAGGGGUACAGAUAGUGCAAGGCCUCGCGGAAGGCCGAGGAAGCAUGUAGCGCAAGGCCAAACAUUGUCUCUCAAGGGCGAGCGAAGAGACUUGCACGCAAACGAACUCUCGACUUCGCAGACCAUCCUGAAGCGCGCAGGCGGUGAACUGCCCUUUGAGGUCUUGAAAGCUGGCAAGCACAUCUAUUCGCCUCAAGAGACGGCAGAGCUGCGCGAGUCUGCGCGUCUGUACGCUGUGAGAGAGGGCAUCGAUCUUAGUAACCACAAGAUCCAAAUGCGUGAGCCUGUGCGCACAACGCAACGCGACAUGUGGCCCCAUUACUGGGCCAGCGUCACUGGCCCAGAUGGUAAGACAGUACCAAGCAAGGCUGAGCGACACGCACAGUUCGGUCAAACAUUGCACAAGAUUCAUCACUCUCCCGAGAUGAAUCAAGAUCCCAAUUUUGCAUUUCAGAGAGCUGCCGCGAUAGCCGCUAGGAAGGCAGCUAACGCUAAAGAAAAUGUCAAGACCGCAGUGCGGAGGGCACGAGAGUAUGCGGGGCUUGGCUAUGCUCAGCAUCUGAGGCUGAAGAUUUCCACGCCAGAAGCCGCCCACAUGCUCGACGCUUUCCGUCGACACAAGGAACAGGUUCGAGUAGCAUCUGGACAGCGCAUCAAUUCCUUCGAGGCUUCAACGCCUGUUCACCGAACGCCGACGGAGCCCCGUUGGCACUUUCGCGGUAGGGCUUGGGACGAAAAGGGGCAGGCUUUGCCAAGCGAAGACGGAAGCCAUGAGCACAAGGUCGUGUUGCCUGAGACUACUACGUUCGGAUUGAAGGAUCGGCACCGCCAGAACCCAAUCGAAGAAGAUGUUGACUUCCACGUCCACCAGACCGGACUCAGCAAAGAUCAAGCCAAGAGUGCACUCAAGGCCAUCGCUCGCGCUCAGGGUCCACAUGAUGCUGUUACAGCUUAUAGACAGGUGAACCAGGGAGCCGCAGCGCGCUCCCCCUUCGGAGCGAAGCAGGCGGGAGCGAAUAUCCUUGAAUCGUCUCGGGGUGGCGCUUUGCCUAGUCGGUCUGCUAAACAGCUCGGGCCUCAACAGGGCCCCGCGCCAAGCUCCCGCAAACAAGCGCCCCCUCCAGACCUCUUGAGUGCGACCGACAAUGAUCCGGCAUUGACCGCACAUGUCGGAAAUGCAGCGCCGCUUCAUGACAGGACGAUGCUCUCCCGGCAGACUUCUAAUGUCGCUUCGAGCGCCUCUUCAUUGACACCGAGACCCAUAGCUAGCGCCCAUGAUGACGGCCUCCAACUUAGUCUUGGACCGUCCAGCUCCGGAUCCUCCGUCAAGAGGCCCGCUCCAGCUGCCGUCGAGGGACGUCCUGCAAAGAAACACGAAGUAGACACGGAGCUUCGCCUUGGACCCCCGGGUUCGUGAACGGCCGCAAAUCUGUAGCCAAAGCAGCAAUUACAUUCGCGCAUCGAGGGGGAAGGCGAGGGCAGUCAAGAAUACUUUCUGCAGCGACGGCAAAGUCUAGAUUAUGAACUUUGUUCUUGUCCAUCCUGCAAUGAAAGGUACACACCGGUGGGUGCUACACC